UCCGGAGAAACAUGGAGGACACCACUGGCAGUAAUCCCCAAUCUCUUGGAUUUACGGAGAAAUUAAAGUCUUGGCUCUCUUGGUCAUGGACUUACGUGUGCUUCAUUUGGUUCGGCAUGGUGCUGAUCAUGAUAUACGUCCUGUGGAGCCCGCUAAAACUGCAGGAAACUCUUACCUCAGCCUCAGUGUUUUUAAAUACCCUGACCCCUAAAUUCUAUGUGGCUCUCACUGGAACCUCCUCUCUCAUCUCUGGACUCAUCCUUAUAUUUGAGUGGUGGUAUUUUCGUAAAUACGGGACUUCGUUCAUUGAACAAGUGUCAGUGAGCCACCUGCGUCCUCUCCUGGGAGGAGUGGAGAGCAGCUCCACGACUGGUUUGUUCUCAUCAGUUAACGGAGAGGCAGAGCCUAGACCCAGUGUUUCAGAGUGUAAGGUCUGGAGGAAUCCUUUAAAUCUGUUCAGAGGAGCAGAAUACAACAGGUACACCUGGGUAACAGGGAAGGAACCCUUAACGUACUAUGAUAUGAACCUGUCUGCUCAAGACCAUCAGACCUUCUUCACAGGAGACACUCAGCAGUUAAGGCCAGAAGAUGCUGUGAUGCAGAAAGCCUGGAGAGAGAGAAAUCCUCAAGCCAGGAUCAGAGCAGCUUACCAGGCCAUAGAAAUGAAUAAUGAAUGUGCUGCAGCCUAUGUGCUCCUAGCAGAGGAAGAAGCCACAACGAUCACAGAAGCUGAACGCCUCUUCAAAAAAGCACUAAGUAUUGCUGGAAAAGAUAUCAACCUACUUGUGUACAUUAAACGCAGACUGGCAAUGUGUGCACGCAAGCUGGGACGGAUUAAAGAAGCAGUGAAAAUGAUGAGAGAUUUAAUGAAAGAGUUCCCACUGUUGGGAAUGUUAAAUAUACAUGAAAACCUCUUGGAGGCACUUCUAGAGCUUCAGGCAUACGCUGAUGUGCAAGCAGUCCUUGCCAAAUAUGAUGACAUCAGCUUGCCUAAAUCAGCCACUAUAUGCUACACAUCUGCACUGUUGAAAGCACGGGCUGUGUCAGAUAAGUUCUCUCCAGAGGCAGCGUCCAGGCGGGGACUAAGCACAGCAGAGAUGAAUGCUGUGGAGGCCAUACACAGAGCUGUUGAGUUCAAUCCACACGUGCCAAAGUACUUAUUAGAAAUGAAGAGUCUGAUCCUGCCUCCAGAGCACAUCUUGAAGAGGGGUGACAGUGAGGCAGUGGCAUAUGCUUUCUUUCACCUGCAGCACUGGAAGAGGGCAGAGGGAGCCUUAAACCUACUACACUGCACCUGGGAGGGCACCUUCAGGAUAAUUCCUUACCCACUGGAGAAGGGUCACCUGUUUUACCCCUACCCAGGAUGCACAGAAACAGCAGAUAGGGAACUACUGCCCUCUUUUCAUGAGGUGUCUGUGUACCCAAAGAAAGAGCUUCCCUUCUUCAUCCUCUUCACAGCAGGCCUUUGCUCCUUCACUGCCAUACUGGCCAUGCUCACACAUCAAUUCCCUGAGCUCAUGGGUGUCUUUGCCAAAGCAUUCUUCAGCACACUCUUUGCACCCCUGGGUUUCUUCGCAGACAAGAUGGAAAGCUUCAUGCCGUCCAGUUUUUGGCACCAGCUGACUCGGAUCUGACCCCAUCUAACACACGCACGCACGCACACACACGCACACACACGCACACACACGCACACACACGCACACAACACACACAGAGACAUACAUAUACACCAACACCACUCCAAACCCUCAGACAAAAAGUGUUUGCUCUCCUGUCUUCAGCAUUACUGUCCACUUGCUGCACUUUUACUGAUUAUGUUGGCUGAGGUUGUACCAACACCGCAAUACCACGCUUAAGAUGCUCUCCCACACUGUUCUAGUAGCCAGAGUUUCGCCAAGAACAUGUUUAGAAGGUAUCAUUUCAGGGCCACUCAUUUGUCACCAUGUUAGCACAAUUCAAAAUUUUUCAGUAUCUCACAAAGCCUGGCUUUGAAUUGGUACAAAAAUCUGAUUUGGAUUUGUCAGAGGCACUCAUCUACUUAUUCACAAUUACAAAUUAAAUCAUGAAUAAAGUAAAACUGCAUGAUUUAUGGGUCCAUGGGGUAUCUGGGAUGGGAACUUAUGUGUCCUAUACCAGCCCUCUGUGCCCCGCAGACUUCCAGCCGGGCAGAUUUAAAAGUCUGUGAGACCUCCUAAAAACAGAGCCGUGAUUUACAGCCUUGGAGUGGCUGCAGUGUAUACAAUACCUCUGCAGUUCAGCAGUUGUUACCAUGGCACGACACCUCAGCACUAUAUCACUGGGGCAACCGCCGCCCACGCAACAUCGAAAUGUAAAUGGGACCGUCACUGGUCGCAGUAAGGCCUCUCAUGGCAUCACUCAUCCCUUCUGAUUGCACUACAAACUACAGACUUUUACAGGUCAGUCAGUCAAAAAUUACAGAGGCACCCCAUUACAGCAGACAAACUGGGAAUCACACAGCAGAGUCAGUGUAACAAAUAGAUAUAAUACAUAGAAUUGCAGUAAUUCUACAUCUACUGUAUCAGAGUUCUUCCGUUAGGGACAUUAACCCUCACUAGCUCCCAUAAUGCACUGAGCGUAUUCAGCUAGCCUUCCUUACCGAUAUGUUGAGUAGCAUUUAGAGAUGGGGAUUAAAAGGAACAGACAUGCACAGACAUAUUGUACAAAGUAAGAGUCAUUUUACUUAAUAUGUACAAAAUCUCUGUCAGUUUGCCAGAAAGGGUACAUGUGUUGAUUCUGCUCUAACAUGGUGGGUUGGUUCUGACAUGUUUUUUCCUCUAUGAAAGAUUUGCUUUCCUCUGUUUUAUCAAACUAAAUAGGCUGAGAGACCAGAACCACCUUGUUGUAAAGUAUAAUGUAAAAACUAUCUGAUAAUAUAACAACUUCACGGAAACAAAUUUGCCUGAUAUGAAAUUGUAAUAAAACCUGUAAAUGUAAUCUACUGUAAUAUCCACAUUCUCCACCACAAAGAUACAGCAAGACUGUAAAAAAUGUAAUAUAUGAAGUUUCAUUUAAAAAAAAAAUACAUCUACAUUGAUGUGUGGUAAUAUUGUGAUUUCACAUCAUCCCAAAAAUUUAUUAGAUAUAUCAACAGGUUUUAUUACAUUUUUAAACCAUUCAACGUGAGCAUGUUUGUUUUGCUUUGUCAAGUUAUGUUACUUGAUGGUUAUUACAUUAUCUGCAGCUUUAAUGAUCUACAGCUCAUGCCUCAGGAUGAACUGUGACUAACAUCAUUCUGACAACUCUUCACUCCAUAUGUAAGUACACAAAACAAACGUGACAAUGAAGUGCCUUUUUAUUACAUCAUACUAACUAAACACACCAGUUUGGCACUUACCUUACCUACAAUAUUGGUUUCAAGUUUAGAGGUGACUCUGUUCAAUUUUGAUCGACUAAGUUUGAUAAAUAGAUGCCUUCAAAAACUUUAAUUUCUAAUGCAGAUAUUCAGUGUCCAAUGAGAGGCAUCCAUAGAUUUACCAGCUAUGUAACAAUGGCAAACAUGUUGUACAUGCACACGAUGUAAUGGCAGAUACUGUACAUGUGUGUUAUUAUGUUGCAAAUUUGGAGUAUAUUGUUAAAAACACUGAUCUAAUCUAAACUACAUAGAUUCAGUUUAGCAUUUCACUCUGGCCUGUAAUAUUUGUCUUGACACUGUAUUUUAUAGUGUUUGUGUGAAAGUGAAAUGUACGAGUACAUGCUGAAGACAGGAGGAUGUUUGAACAACUGUUAGUAACCUUGGAUGAGUCUUAAAUUAAAACUCACAAUAAAUUACUCAUUCAGUGCAGUUUUCUUGCAUGUGUAACAUUUACUUUUGUUUUGUUCUGGAGGUCCUCGGUUUUGUUGUUUUAGAGACGCUCGAUUAAAAUGAUUCAGACUAGCUUUAGCCGCACUUACCUGGGUGCAGCGAGGACAAACAGAACUGUGAAGACACGCUUCGUCUGAUUAAAAUAUUCUGCAACAAUUUUUCCAGGCAC